AUGCAAAUAUAUCCCCAGACUUUGAAUCCCGCCACUCGAGGCUUGGUCCUUACCACAACCCUCAAUAUGUUCUCCUUAUUUCUCUGGUCGGGUGGUAUGUUCAUGCUAGAAAUGCUCAUUGCUUUCACCGCAUUCGAUCUCAAAUCCAGCAAACAUGAAAGUAAAUACAAAGCUCAAGCUCAAGCUCAACCACAAAUUGUCGUCUCUCGAGAGAAGCUCAACAGAGCUCGGGCUAUCUCGAAUGCUGAGACAGCAUUACGACGAGCCAACCAAAGGAGACGGGGACAGAAGAGUGCAACUAAACAUCCAUCAUGGCUCAACCUCACCAGGCACGGCACCUGGUUUAAAAAUGCUCAAGAUUUGAUGGCUCCUGCAACAACAAUGCUGAGCGAAGGAUUCGAGUUUAACGCACAGAUCAGAGAGACUGAUUGUGUCCAGGCGACGAGCCACGACCUGUCCACCAAUGGGGCUGCAAACGGACCCGGUGAACUCAAUGGUGUGGAAUCUGGCGCCACUACGGAAUCCGAACGAGAAGCAGCUGAUGACCUCUCUCACAGAGUCCUGUUGCUUCUCAACGACAGAUCAUGGGAAGAAGUUCCAGAGUGUUGCAUCCCAGAACCCGAGAAAACCUCUCAAACGGAAAUGAUGCGGUGGGCCACCACGGGCGUUGUAGGGGUCACAGCCUUGGAGGGCUUCAGCGCAUAUCUCCAGCGCGCCUUCGAAGCCGAACAACAACAUGAACGAGAACGAAAAGGGGUUGGAGAAUUGAAAGAUCGAUCGGCUGCACUUGCUAACGUUCAAAAAACGCCAAAAACUGAAAGCUUCCCGUCUUCACCACAAAUUCGGGAGAAGGCGAGAUGUUUUCUGAGAGAUAUGCAAGAGAAUCCACUGUCGGAUCUGCAGGAGCUGGUCGAUGGUUUCGCUUCACUGCAUGGAGUGGAAUAA